UCGGCGGGGCCCGCGCGGCCGGGGGGCUCCGGGGGGCGUGCGCCCCCAGCCGGCUGCGCUCGCGGAUGCCUCCCGGCGGCGGCGGGCCCAUGAAAGACUGCGAGUACAGUCAGAUCAGCACCCACAGCUCCUCCCCCAUGGAGUCGCCCCACAAGAAGAAGAAAAUCGCGGCCCGGAGGAAAUGGGAGGUUUUCCCGGGCAGAAACAAGUUCUUCUGCAACGGCAGGAUCAUGAUGGCCCGGCAGACGGGCGUCUUCUACCUGACUCUCGUCCUCAUUCUGGUCACUAGCGGACUCUUCUUCGCCUUCGACUGCCCGUAUCUGGCAGUGAAAAUCACCCCCGCCAUCCCUGUGGUUGGUGGCAUUCUCUUCUUCUUCGUGAUGGGGACCCUGCUUCGCACCAGCUUCAGUGACCCAGGAGUCCUUCCGAGAGCCACGCCCGAUGAAGCCGCUGACCUGGAGAGACAAAUAGGUAACCCCGAAGAUAUCGCAAACGGCACCAGUUCAGGGGGGUACCGCCCACCUCCCAGAACCAAAGAAGUCAUCAUCAAUGGCCAGACUGUGAAACUUAAAUAUUGUUUCACCUGCAAGAUUUUCCGGCCCCCUCGUGCCUCUCAUUGUAGCCUUUGCGAUAACUGCGUAGAACGGUUUGAUCACCACUGUCCCUGGGUAGGCAACUGUGUGGGCAAAAGAAACUACAGAUUUUUUUAUAUGUUUAUUUUAUCUCUGUCUUUUCUGACAGUCUUUAUAUUUGCAUUCGUUAUCACCCACGUCAUUCUUCGUUCACAACAGACAGGAUUCCUCAAUGCUCUUAAGGACAGUCCUGCAAGUGUGCUGGAGGCUGUGGUGUGCUUCUUCUCCGUCUGGUCUAUAGUCGGCCUGUCGGGCUUCCACACGUACCUGAUCAGCUCCAACCAGACCACCAACGAAGAUAUCAAAGGAUCUUGGUCAAAUAAAAGAGGCAAAGAGAAUUACAAUCCCUACAGCUACGGGAAUAUCUUUACAAAUUGCUGUGUUGCCCUGUGUGGGCCCAUCUCUCCAAGCCUCAUCGACAGAAGAGGCUACAUCCAGCCUGACACACCGCAGCCGGCCACACCGUCCAAUGGAAUUGCUGCGUACGGGGCCACACAGUCACAGAGCGACAUGUGCGACCAAGACCAGUGCAUUCAGAGCACCAAAUUCGUUUUGCAGGCCGCGGCCACGCCCCUGCUGCAGAGCGAGCCCAGCCUCACCAGCGACGAGCUGCACCUGCCCGGGAAGCCGGGCCUGGGCACGCCCUGUGCCAGCCUGACGCUCGGGCAGCCCACGCCACCCUCCUCCAUGCCCAACCUCACCGCCGAGGCCGCGCUCACAGACAUACUGCCUCUGAAAGAGGAGCACGUGGGCCACCAGUUCCUGACCCCCGAGGAAGCGCCCUCGCCACCCAGGCUGCUGGCGGGCAGCCCUCUGGCCCACAGCCGCACCAUGCACGUGCUGGGGCUGGCCAGCCAGGACUCUCUGCACGAGGACUCGGUGCGCGGCCUGGUGAAGCUCAGCUCCGUGUGACCGCGGCGCCCGGGGGGUGGGGGGUGCAGACAGCGGGAGCCUUCCCAUGACCCAGCUCCAUGGUGGCGAGGACGAACUCCUGGUCCUGGGGCGUGAAAACCGCUUGGAGAGUGGAGGCUGCUCCUGGGAUGGCAGAGGAGGGCGAGGCCCACAUGCCUGCAACUUGCAGGCAGGUGCAUCUUCCUUCCCCACCCCGACGGCUGCGAGCACGGGGGAAACAGAGAAGUGGCUGUUCCCAGGCCCCUGGCAUCCGAGGGGCAGACCCAGGGAGAGAGGAGCCUGCGGGCUGCAGCCAGUCGGGGAGGAAAGGACAGUUUCCUGCUGGAGGUUCCUUGGUCCGCUCACUGCUCUCGGGACAGACACGCGGGAAGGAUGAGGACAGCUGUGGCCAGACCGAAAUUGCACUUACAUGUUCUGCUACUACUAUUUGAGAUAGACAUGCCAUUCCAUUUGUUAAUUUAAAAAACAAAAACCUCAAGGGAAAAAAAAAUGACCAGAUCUGGAUUUGCAUGCCACGCUACGUCUGUUUACAGUGGUGUUGGUAUUCAAAAGGAAGUGCUGCUUGCUUGCUUUCUUUCUUUCUUCUAAUUUGGUGAAUUUUCAAGUGCUGUUUUAUGGGACGACCAUGCAACACGCCAAGGCUAAUGGACAAUGCCAUCACUCGCCAGCUUAUCCAGCUUAACUUAGACAGGCGUAGGUGGCGCCCGGGCUACAGAGGGCUGCUGGGGUUGUAGCCUAUCAGUUCACCUUCUGUUUAGUAGUUAGACGAGCUAUUGUGUUGUACCACGCCUGCCACAGUCUCCACCUCCUUGUGUGACCAAACUUCCUGUGGACAGCCAAUAAAAUGACGUCCUCUGUUA